CGUUAGUGGGUCCAUUCUAGAUUUCUCUCUCUCUCUAUCUCCCCUACUUCUUCUAGCAACAGCAGAUCUACUCUCACUUAUUUUCCAGGCUGAGCUGAGCUGAGCUGAUCUCUCAAUUGGGCAAAUGCGGUGGUCGAAGUCAGCUGGAGCUUCAGGAGUAAUCCUACUGUGGUUAUGUUUGCUCCAUUUCACAGAAGCUUCAGUGCAUGACUAUAAUGGGGAGAAAUUCGUGAGCAAAGGCAAUGCAUUUGUUGUCCACGGUGGCAGCGAAGGAAUUUACGCCUCUACUCCUAACUUCACUGAUUCUCCUUCCUCUGACUCUUUCAUUCGGUUUGAAAAGAUUGUAUUUCGGAGGCCAAAAGAAUUCUCAAACUUUAGUUCAGACCCAAUUCAUGCAAUUGUUUUUGAGGUGGAUGAUCGAGAGUCAAUUGGGGGCUCAGCCUACGGUGGCCAAAGAGCUGUUUGUUGCACAGCAGAUCUUGCAAAACUUGGAGUUUGUACACAAGGGCAAAUUAUUCACCGCCCAUCUGCUAAUAAUCCUGGAUGGCCUAAAGUUUUUAGUGCCUCAUUCAGCACUGAUGAGGUUGAAGUAGCACUGCAGUCAAGAUCGAUCCCUAUUACAAAAACUGGGAUGUAUAAUGUGUAUUUUAUUCACUGUGAACCAUAUCUUAAGGAUAUUAAUGUUGAAGGGAAAACCAUAUGGAAGAAUCCUACUGGUUACCUACCUGGUAGAAUGGCCCCCCUUAUGAACUUCUAUGGGUUCAUGUCUCUUGCAUUCGUGUUACUUGGGAUCUUUUGGUUUUCGCAGUAUGCAAGAUUCUGGAGAGAAGUUAUUCCUCUACAAAAUUGUAUUACACUCGUGAUAACAUUGGGCAUGCUUGAAAUGGCCUUUUGGUACUUUGACUAUGCUGAAUUCAAUGAAACUGGAGUCAGGCCCACUGGUACCACUGUAUGGGCUGUGACCUUUGGUACAGUAAAGCGCACAGUUUCACGUUUGGUCAUUCUGAUGGUCUCUAUGGGCUUUGGUGUCGUUAGACCUACUUUAGGUGGUCUCACAUCGAAGGUCCUUUUGCUUGGAGGAACUUUCUUUUUGGCUUCUGAAGUGCUUGAACUGGUAGAAAAUGUUGGUGCAGUCAGUGAUUUCUCAGGAAAAGCAAGGAUAUUUUUCGUACUUCCUGUGGCAUUCUUGGAUGCUUUCUUUAUCCUUUGGAUAUUCACCUCCCUGUCAGCAACUUUGAAUAAGCUUCAGGCUAGAAGGUUGUUGGCCAAAUUAGACAUUUACCGGAAGUUCACAAAUGCAUUGGUCGUCGCUGUUAUUGUAUCUGUUGGAUGGACGUGCUACGAGCUAUACUUCAAGUCCACUGAUGUGUACAAUGAGCGAUGGCAAAAUGCCUGGAUUAUUCCUGCCUUCUGGCAAGUACUAUCUUUCUCUCUCCUUUGCAUAAUCUGCGCUCUUUGGGCACCAUCUCAAAACUCCAUGAGAUAUGCCUAUUCCGAUGAUGGUGAAGAGUUCGACAAGGACGUUACAUUGACACUCAUAAAGCCCUCCCCUCUGCCAAAGGAUGUUAGAAGCCAACCUGAAGUGAGGCCAACACUGGGUAACGAUGGGUUCCCUAAUGGUGAUGAGGUAGAAGACAAGACAGAGUAAAGCAAGACACAAAUUUUUUAUUAGUAUGAUAAAGAGAGAGGUGCCAUGAGUUGAGUAAAUUGUUGUUAGAAUCUUGUAGCCCGUAUUGUCUGUAUAAAAAGUACGAAGGUUAAUCAGAAGAAGGCAAUAGGUAAGACAAAUUUGUAUUUUGUUUUUCAAAAGAAAUGUUCGUUUAUCUUAUAAGAUGUUACAACAUCGAAGAAUUAAUUACAGAAUGGCUUGAUCUCUCUUGCCACUCUUAUAUUUA